AGGACAGCGUGGUUUCCUCCCGGUUCUCGGUUUUCAGGUGGUGGCGCCACCACCAGGAAAGGGCGUCAGUCUCUCCCGAGACUGUGUGGGGCUACCGCAGUGUGGUACCAGUGUGGCUGCGUAGCCCGGCGGUUUCUGCGCUGCCUGGUGUUUGUUAACGGAGAUGAAGGCAGUAAUUUUUCAGCAGCAGGUUUCAGAUAUAAGUCCCUUGGAGACGCAAAUAUUUAUUGAGCCCCCACUAUGCGUUAAGAACUUUUUUUAAAGAAGUUUAGAAAAUGGCAGUGAAUAAAGCAGAUACAAAUCUCUGCCCUAAGGGCGGGCUUGCAUUGUAAUGAAAUUUGAGAAGACAGUGGAUUGGAAGUGGGAUUAACUCAGAAUAAAAAUUGAACAGCCUAAAGAUUACACUGUAAGAAAAGAAAACAGAAGCCAUGUUUCGAAGACCUGUAUUACAGGUACUUCAUCAGUUUGUAAGACAUGCAUCCGACGCAGCUGCCAGUUUGGUUCUUGAAAGAUCCCUGAAUCGUGUGCAGUUACUUGGGCGAGUGGGUCAGGACCCUGUCUUGAGACAGGCAGAAGGAAAAAAUCCAGUCACAAUAUUUUCUCUAGCAACAAAUGAGAUGUGGCGAUCAGGGGAAAGUGAAGCUUACCAAAUGGGCGAUGUCAGUCAAAAGACAACGUGGCACAGAAUAUCAGUAUUCCGGCCAGGCCUCAGAGAUGUGGCAUAUCAGUAUGUGAGAAAGGGGUCUCGAAUUUAUGUGGAAGGGAAAAUAGACUAUGGUGAAUACAUGGAUAAAAAUAAUGUGAGGCGACAAGCAACAACAGUCAUAGCUGGUAAGAAGCUUGUGAUAAUAACUGUUUUUUCUUCUCCUUUUCUUUCUUAAAAGCUUAGCUACACUGUAACUAACUAGGGUUGAGAGUACCAGUUCCUGUGAGGUGAGGCAACUCACUAGAAGAUGCCCAU